CUUCUUACCGAUGCUGUUUCCACAGCAUAUCCUGCAUGAUACACGCCGCUGAAUGCGGUAUUCCGUCUCCGUCUGUCACAUUUAUGUCACAUUUCCCAAAAACUCUCCCAAAAAAAAUUAGAACUACCCUUUAUUGAUUUUCUGGUAAAAUUUUCAGGGCGCUGGUACUCUGUUUGAUUUUACCCGCGUCACUUCUCUCGCUUAAGCUUAAUCCGACUUUGUUGUGGCCGCGACUCUCGGAAAAGUUGAGGUAGGGCAGGUAGCUAGCAGACGCCCGUGGUUUGUGGUGUGUCUGUCCCUGCGUGUUGGCAAAGCAAAGGGAAAAUGGAUGGCAACUAGGCUUGUGCUCGCGUUCGGUCACGAGAUGUCUUUUUAUGAAUUUUCAAUCAACAUCCGCUUGAAUGAUUCGGAAGAUUCUCCACGGACUUCUUGACAAGAGGGCUCACCUCGAGAGCGGGAGGGAGGACAACAAGAUCCAAGACCUUUCUCAGAACAGUCCUGAAGGACCCAGCAUGUAUGGCUGUUCGACAGGACGACGGGCUCGAGGAUGGUUCCACCCCAACAUCAGCGGCGUGGACGCCGAGGUGCUGCUCAUGGAGCGCGGCCGCGACGGCUCGUUCCUGGCGAGGCCGAGCCGCUCCACGGCGGGGGACUUCACGCUCUCCGUCAGGCGGAACGGCGACGUGACGCACAUCAAGAUCCAGAACACGGGCGACUUCUACGACCUGUACGGCGGCGAGAAGUUCGCCACCCUGUCCGAGCUCGUCCAGUACCACAUGGAGAACCACCUGCGCGAGAAGAACGGCGACGUGAUCGAGCUCAAGUACCCCCUCAACUCGGCCGACCCCACCACGGAACGGUGGUUCCACGGACAUCUCUCGGGCAAGGAUGCAGAGAAGUUGAUCUUGGACAAGGGCAAGAACGGCAGUUUUCUGGUCAGGGAGAGUCAAAGCAAACCUGGAGAUUACGUCUUGUCCGUGCGAACUGACGACAAAGUGACUCAUGUCAUGAUUCGGUGUCAUGAGAGAUUUUAUGAUGUGGGGGGUGGCAUGAAGUUUGACAGCUUAAGUGAAUUAAUUGAAUACUACAAAAAGAAUCCUAUGGUGGAGACAAGUGGUACAGUUGUUCAUCUCAAGCAGCCAUUCAACGCCACUCGCAUCAAUGCUUCUGGUAUCGAUAGCAGAGUAAAAGAGCUACAGAAAGAGAAUGGACUCUCCAUGGGGAAAGCUGGCUUUUGGGAGGAGUUCGAGUCAUUACAACAGCAGGAGUGCCGCCACUUAUUUUCACGGAAAGAAGGUCAAAAGGCAGAAAAUAGGAACAAAAACCGCUACAAAAACAUUCUUCCUUUUGACCACACAAGAGUAAAGCUAAAAAAUAUUGACCCCAAUGAACCUGGAGCUGAAUAUGUUAAUGCCAAUUACAUUAAACCUGAAGAAGAAACAUUGCCAAAUGGACCACCGAAACAUUAUAUUGCUACUCAAGGUUGUUUACCUAGUACCAUGGGCGAUUUUUGGCACAUGGUAUGGCAAGAAAAUACUCGAGUUAUUGUUAUGACGACAAAAGAAGUUGAAAGAGGAAAGAACAAAUGUGCAAGGUACUGGCCUGAGGAAGGGCAGUCAAAAGAAUACAAAAAAACUAAAGUUAAAAAUAUAUUAGAGUCAAAAACUGCAGAUUACACACUGAGGGAAUUUUCUGUGUCAAUGGAAGGUUCUGAUGAAGAACGGAAAGUUUAUCACUACCAUUUCCAGGCCUGGCCUGACCAUGGUGUCCCCGCGGACCCCGGCUGUGUGCUGAAUUUCCUUCAUGAUGUAAAUGCCAGACAAGAGUCCAUUGUUGGUGCUGGCCCAGUCUUGGUGCAUUGCAGCGCAGGCAUUGGAAGGACUGGCACAUUUAUUGUUAUUGACAUGAUCCUCGAUCAAAUUAAGAGAUUAGGUUUAGACUGUGAAAUAGACAUUCAGAGAACGAUUCAGAUGGUACGAUCUCAGAGGUCCGGAAUGGUUCAGACAGAAGCACAGUACAAAUUCGUGUAUCUUGCAGUGCAGCACCAUAUUGAGACAGCAUCACAUAGAAAACAAGCCGAACAGAAAAGUCUGCAGCUGGGCCGCGAGUACACCAACAUCCGCUACUCCAGCGAGGUGGUGACGCCCGCCUCGCAGAACGCCACCACGCUGGCGAGCACGCUGUCCGACGCCAGCCUGUCCCGCUCCACCACGUCCAUCCCCGGCGCCACCGCCACGGCCACGGCAGCCUCCUUGGCCUCGCUGGCCUCGGGCGGCAGCGUCGUGGGGGUGUCGAGCGGCACACUCCUCCGCAGCGUGUCGAGCUCGGCGAGCUCUGAGCGCGCCGGCCACCACGCCGGCCACGGCGGCCACGGUGGCGGUCAUGUCGGCGGCAUGCCGGCGAGCAGUGACGCACAUCUGCCCAGGCCUCCAGAUGAAAUUCCCAGGACAAUUUACGAGAACAUUCCAAUAAAAGAGCGCAAGAUAUCGACUAACAGUCAUGUCCUGAGCCCGGCUCCCGCGGCAGGGGUGUCGACGGGCGCCCCGCCGCCGCCUCCUCCACGCAAGGGGACGUGAUCGCUGCGACAGUCUGCGGCCUGCUCCCCUCCUCGCCUGCUCGUCCAGGACUCGCCCAGGACCCUCCAGGACCCUCCAGGCUCCAGGACACUCCAGGACUCGGUCCACUCCUGCGCUUGCUAAGCUCUCCUUCGAGCGGUGUCUGUCUGUGCCAAGCGUCGAAAUUUACGAGGAAUCUGUUAAUGUAAAUUUGGAAGCUUGACUCAGUGUGUGCCCAAGAAGUGACAUUUUUUUUAGACACUGUUAAAAGACCAAUAAGAUUGGCCUCAUGGUUUUUUCUUUUGUUGAUUUUUUUAAUUAUUAUUAUUAUUACUAUUAUUAUUAUUGUAUUCUUAUUUUUGCUUGAUGCUUACUGAUUUUUGGCUGUGGGGUUGGGGUACGUGGGGUGGAUCGGUUCGGCCGCACCACGGUGACCCAGGACCAGGCUUGUGUAUAUGUACAUACCUGUGUGUCGAACACGAGUGAUAUCAACUGUGACCCGCACUCUGAAUUGUGAUCAUUAUUGUUAAAAGUGUGUGUGCGCUUCGAGAGAGAGUGAAAUAGACUAAAAGAGAAAGUCAAAUGUUUGUGUAUGUCUGUAUUUGUGUGAGUGGUUGUGUGCAAUGCAUGGGCAGGGAGGGGUAGGGGGGGUAGAGUAUGUGUCGAGCAUCUGCCAACAUUUAUGUGUGCGUGUGUGCUGAAAUGAAUAUAUGAUGAAGAUAAAAAUAUAUCAAAUAAAGAAGUCAUACAGAAGUAAA